AUGGGCCGAGGAUCACCAGUUAGGUAUGAACACUUUGUGCCCAAUGCAGAGAACAUUCCAGAGAAGUGGACUCCUGAGGUCAAACACUUUUGUCCCAAUGUGCCUAUCGUUCUGGUGGGAAACAAGAAAGACCUGCGAAAUGAUGAGCACACACGUCGAGAGUUAGCGAAGAUGAAACAGGAACCAGUGAAGUCAGAUGAGGCAAGGGACAUGGCUAACCGGAUCAAUGCCUUUGGUUACUUGGAGUGCUCGGCCAAGACGAAGGAUGGUGUUAGGGAGGUGUUUGAAAUGGCCACCAGGGCAGCACUUCAGGCAAAGAGACGAGGCAAGAAAAGCGGCUGCUGCCUUUUAUAGUGUCAGGUAACGCAGGAUCAGGAGGGAAAUAAACAUCCAAGAAAAAUAUCCCUGUACCUGUUUUCUCCAAGGCGGGCACAGUUGACUGGGGAGUAGUAGGGAUGAAAUAGG